AUGGCCCCCAAGCCAGCAUUCGAUGUCUUAACGACAAACUGUGUCGAGCUCCAGAAGCUUCUCACUGCAGGAACCAUCACAUCCGUCGGUAUAGUUGAGGCCUUUCUCAGCCAGAUCGAGCAUCACAAUGUUAAUGGCGUGAAGUUGAAUGCUAUGAUUACCACCACCCCAAAGGAAUUACUUCUCUCAAUCGCUCAGCAGAGGGACCGGGAAAGACAAGAAGGCAUUAUCCGCGGACCUCUCCACGGUAUUCCCAUAUCAGUGAAGGAUAAUAUCAUGACUGGACCUGAGCUAGGGAUGCCAACUACUGUAGGAUCUGCAGCUCUUAGGUCAGCUGUGGCGCGAAAAAAUGCACCUAUUGUGGACAUGAUUAUUGAGGCAGGCGCUAUAGUGAUUGGAAAGGCAAACCUAUCGGAAAUGGCAGGAUGGAAAGAUGCUGGUCUUACCUCGGGCUGGUCAGCUGUAGGUGGUCAGACACAGAGUCCCUACGUAUUGGGUGGAGUCAAACCUGACGAUAGGCCACUGGGACAUACUACUCCCGGUGGAUCAUCGUCAGGAAGCGCACACGGUGUAGCUGCAGGGUUUGCACCGCUAGCCCUGGCAACUGAAUCGGAUGGCUCGAUUGUGCAGCCAGCUAAUCGAGCAGCUUUAUACGGACUCAAGGCCACAGUUGGGCUCAUCCCAACAGAGGGAACAUCUCCAUGGAGUUCAUUUACAGACAGUAUUGGUGGAAUGGCUCGAACACCUGCUGAUAUUGCUAUAUUACUGAGUAUUCUAACCAAGACUGACUUCUCUAGCUCUUUGACAGAAUCAUGGGAAGGCCAGCGAGUUGGUUUUGUGAACCCCCAAUUUUGGAAUUUUGCUUACUUUACAUGUGAGCCUGAACCUAUUCUCAUACACCAACAAAUACGAGCUCUCGAGGACGCUAGAGAUGCUAUACACCUGAAUGGCGGAGUUGCCAAACAGCCCGUACCUCUGCCAACAAUGUACGAGCUGAUUGAGAGACUCCACACUACUCUAGACCAGAUAUGGAAUCAUGACUUUGCGAGAGAAUGGAAUUUGUUUCUGAAGGGCUACCAAGAUAUCAACAUUCAUUCAUUAGCCGAUAUUGUAGAGUUCAAUGAACAGCAUAAAGAUGAAGCCUUGCCGCCUAAUCAUCCCGAUCAAGAUCUCUUAAAGUGGGCUCUUCACAGUGAAAUGUCUGAACAGGAAUACACCGAAGGUGCUAAGAUGAUUCGUGAAACAGCCAGAGUCAAUGGCAUUGAGCGCGUGCUAGCUGCCUACGACUUGGAUGUCAUUAUGGGGCCAAUGGAUAGCAAGAUUCACACUGUCGCUUCAGCAGCAGGAUGUCCUGUUGGAACCAUGCCUCUUGGAUACUCGUCUCUCAAUGGCAGACCCUUUGGAGUAUGUGUAAUCUCCCGCGCUGGUGGUGAGGCCAGUAUACUGAAGGCCAUGAGUGCAUGGCAUGCUACUAUGCCUGCACGGCAGCCACCGCCUCAACUGGUCGACUAUAUGUGA